AUGACAGAGGCGAACAUCACCGUGUAUGGAGCGCCGUGGUGCCCUGACUGCACACGCGCGAAGCAGUUUCUAGGCGAGCAGCGCGUAGAUACAACUGGGUGGAUAUUGAUCAGGACGAAGAUGCCCGCGCAUACGUGCAGCAGGUCAACGACGGCAAGCAGAUCAUUCCCACCAUCAUAUUCGAGGACGGGUCAGCUGCUGGUCGAGCCUUCCAAUUCGGAACUUGCCGCAAAGCUCGGCAUCCACAACCCAAGGCGCGCCGUGACUUCUACGACUUGA